AUGACAACUCCUACAUCUCAAGACGAGUCGUCCCUGAUCAGGGCUCUGGAAAACGAGCAGCAGUAUGGUGUCCCAAGACAAGAUGUUCCCACAGAAGUUUCCCACAGGCUUCGGCAGCCCGGCGAAGAUGCGGAGACUUGUGUUUCUUCAGUAACGGAUGUGCUGCAGAAUGCCGAUCUGUUUGUAGAUCACAUGUACCCAACUCUGAAUGCGGUUGUAGAAGAAGAGGAAUCACAUUCCAAUAUGGUGCUCAAGUCACUGAACAACAACUCAAACCGUUCUCCUACCAUAUCGACUACAACAACAGAGGAGACACAAAGGCACCAGACCUCUCGUAAACAAUACCAGCAGCACGAGUCAUCUGGAGACAUAUCCCUAAACCAAUCAGCGGUCAAGGAAGAGUUACAAAGCAAUGAGGCAGCUGUGCUCAAGGCUGCCAAGAUGGAUAUGCGUGACCAGGCUUCUCCAGCUGUCACUAUUGCUGUCGGCAUCGGCAGUAGAAAGUCACCGGCCGCACCAGCAGACAAAUCUGACCAGCAGCAGGACGAUCAGAAGGACCUUCCUUCCAAACAAAGCAAACCAGAAGCUACUAUGCAAUUCAAAGAAACCACUACCAGUAACAUCGAUCCGACAAUUUCUGCCAUUGAUCUCGCCAAAACAAAUUUAUCAGAAGACAGAUACCCCAUAGGUGCCAAAAAUAUGGAAGGAUCAUUCCGAGAGGCUGCACAAGUUGAAAUUCAGCCACUCCCACAACAGCCAGCCCUCAACAGUCAACAACCAGUAUCAAUACCAGGAGCCUACAGCCAUGGCUUUUGCUGUUUCUCACUAUUGCUCGUUGGAGCAGAUGUUGUUGUGCAGUAA